AUGGGUGGGGACCUGGACGACCUCAGACCCGGACAGAUGGGAGGGGGUCCCCAAGACCUCCCCGGAUAUGAAGAACGAACGUGUCUACGUGCCCCCUCCAUAUUCAAUUUGGGAUUCUGCGACCCUCAACUGGGCACCUGGUUGAGGUAUAUAAUGCCGCAGAAACUGGACUCCAUCCUUGGGACUAUCUUUCCCGACGACCACUAUUUCCAUCUACGGCACCGGGGUGUGGCUCAGCAGUCCCUGACCCCCCACUGGGGCCACCGUCUGCGCCUGAAGAAAGAGCCCAAGGUGCAGUGGUUUGAGCAGCAGACUCUGAGGCGGCGGGUGAAGCGCUCCCUGGUGGUGCCCACAGACCCCUGGUUUUCUAAGCAGUGGUACAUGGUGAGCACUUGGGAUGGACUGAGUGGAUGGGGGAGGGGACCAGCCUCCCGAGACCCACUGACCCUAGGUCCCUCUUUGUCACAGAACAACGAGAUACAGCCAGAUCUCAACAUCCUGAAGGUUUGGAACCAGGGACUGACCGGCCGGGGAGUGGUGGUCUCCAUCUUGGACGACGGCAUUGAGAAAGACCAUCCAGACCUCUGGGCUAAUUAUGACCCUCUGGCCAGCUAUGACUUCAAUGACUAUGACCCAGAUCCCCAGCCUCGCUACACACCCAGUGAUGAGAACCGGCAUGGGACCCGCUGCGCUGGGGAGGUGUCUGCCACAGCUAACAACGGCUUCUGUGGUGCUGGUGUGGCCUUCAACGCCAGAAUUGGAGGCGUGCGCAUGCUGGAUGGAACCAUCACCGACAUCGUGGAGGCACAGUCUCUCAGCCUGCAGCCGCAACACAUACACAUCUACAGCGCCAGCUGGGGGCCCGAGGAUGACGGCCGCACGGUGGACGGGCCAGGCAUCCUCACUCGGGAGGCCUUCAGGCGUGGCGUGACCAAGGGCCGCCAAGGGCUGGGCACACUGUUCAUCUGGGCCUCGGGAAACGGUGGCCUCCAUUACGACAACUGCAAUUGUGACGGCUACACCAACAGCAUCCACACGCUAUCAGUGGGCAGCACCACGCGGCAGGGCCGAGUGCCCUGGUACAGCGAGGCCUGUGCCUCCACGUUCACCACCACCUUCAGUAGCGGAGUGGCCACCGACCCACAGAUCGUCACCACGGACCUGCACCACCAGUGCACCGACAAGCACACGGGCACCUCGGCCUCCGCCCCGCUGGCCGCUGGCAUGAUCGCCCUGGCUCUGGAGGCCAACCUCCCUCCUCCCCUACGUCCCACCCUAGUCCAAGGCAGGGAAGAAGCCCCGAAGCCUCAGUUUACCCAUCUGAGGAAGGAGAGUGCCCUCAGGCCCUUGGACCCCCCAGGCCCGCCACCCGGCGCCACCCGGCCCACGGCAGGCCCACAGGAUCAUCCUCACCUUACCAGCCCCAUCCUGACUCGGAUGCUGGUGUCGAAGAACGUGUCCGCGUGCUCCGAUGGCUCGCACCGCCUCAUCCGCUCGCUCGAGCACGUGCAGGUCCAGUUGUCACUCUCCUACAGCCGCCGCGGGGACCUGGAGAUCGCCCUCACCAGCCCUAUGGGUACACGCUCCACGCUCGUGGCCAUCAGACCCUUGGAUAUCAGCGGCCAAGGCUAUAACAACUGGAUCUUCAUGUCCACCCACUACUGGGAUGAGGACCCGCAGGGCCUGUGGACCCUGGGCCUGGAGAACAAGGGCUACUAUUUUAACACAGGAACUCUGUACUACUACACACUGUUGCUGUACGGGACGGCCGAGGACAUGACAGCGCGGCCCCAGGGCCCCCAGGUGACCAGCCGCGCGUGUGUGCAGAGGGACACAGAGGGGCUGCGCCAGGAAAGUCACAUUCCCCCCGCCAUCCUGGCCUGGCUCUGCCUCAUCUCCAGCCGGCAGUGGUGGCUCUACAGCCACACAGAGCAGCCAGUGACCGAGGGACAGGCCAGCUGUCACCCUCCUAUUACACCUGCUGGGGCAGCUUGACCAGUGACUACACUGCCUGUCCCCUGUCCCUCGUGCUGGGCAAGCUCCAGGGCUCCUCCAAGGCCUGCCAUCUCUGGCGGCCACCCCGGCUACCGGUCCCAGGCCAUGGUGCUGGCCCAGCUGGCCAGGACCUUCAGGAGACCCCUCUCGGCUUGAGGAAGGCCCACCCCCCUAGGCUAGACACCCCAAUGCCCGAGACCCUGAAGGCUGGGGAGCCAGAGAUGCCUGAUAGGAAGGGCGGAACCCCAAGGCCCUGCUCCCAGGUUGGAAUAGGACCUUGCCCCAGAAAGCCCUGGCAGGUCAUCUGCAGGCCCCAGGAAGGGCCACAGCUGCUCCCAGUGGAAGAGCUGUCUCCUUACUCAUUUUGGAGCAGGACAAGGGUGCCGUGGGCAGAGGUCAGACCACAGCCACCGACCAUCUGUCCCUUCCCUGCCCCAGAACCGUCCACAAGCCCCGUGUCUGAUCUCAUAGUCUCAUAGUUGGUAAAUAAAAGUUAAAUAGAAGAUGUCACGUAUGUGGUGUCCUUCAAGGCAGUGUGUGGACGAGAGAGCCCUGGUAGGAGGCCCACAGCCCACACCAGUGCAGGAGUACACACACCAUGGACACCGUGUUCUUGAGCGUGUGGUAGUCCCCGCCCCCCCCCUCCUUGGUGGUUUUCCAGACAGGGUUUCUCUGUGUAGCUCAGGCUCUCCCGGGACUCACUCUGUAGAUCCGCCUGCCUCUGUCUCCUGAGUGCUGGGAUUAACAGCUUGGGCCCACCACUCAGGACAAGGGAGCACGGCUCCUGGAACAUGUUAUCCUGUGUUUGGGCACCAUCCAGCAUCUAUUAAGCGCCCACUGUGAACCUGGCAGUGGUUAGUUAGCAACUCCUAGUUGCUGCCCGGCCAGGGGGACUUGAACUCAUGC